UUUCAUGUAAUGUUCAACAUAAUCAUUUUUGUUCUUUAUUAUUUGUUGACAUAAGUGAUCAAUUAUUUGUGUAUUUAUCAAUAAUAAAUCAAAUCAUUUUAAUCACCUUUCACGUGCUGUCAAUCGGCUGUCACAUCCUGUCAAUCAAGUAUCAGGUGCACACAGGUCUGAGUAAACACGUUGUGUGUCGAGCUGUUCAUUAAUGCUUAUUAAUAAAGCUCAGUGCACCUCACUAUCUCCAUCGUCUCCUUAUAUUCACUAAGGUGACUCAGAGAGUAUCGAAAUCACCGAAAAAUAGCCGCUUAUCCUUUUAAUUUUCUUGAAGGUGGUAAGUGGGCCUCCAUAAUACAAUCGCUUGACAAUGGCAUGAUUUUUGACGUACUACUAUCUAAUUUUAGGUAUAACUUCAAGAUCUAGGCCUGAUAUUCCUAAAAUCGUGUACCAAGAUAAUUUAAAUGAUUUAGUAGUUUUAUGAUAUAGCUUUGAAAUGCCUACUGAACAUCUAAAAGUCUAAAAAAAUAUUGGAAUAUACCUUUAGAGUUGAAAUGAAUAUCAAAAAAGAUAAAUAAAAGCAUUUUUUUUCGAAAGAUUGAAAAUCGAUUUUAACAGCUCCCAAUAGAUAUUAUUUCAAUGGAAGAACCAUACAUGAUUACUUACAUAAAGACACCAAUCUAUUGCUGCAAAGUUAAAAACUUCCUGUACUUUUUUUCUGAUCUUUUUAAGACUACUGAUGGAAAUUGCUCAAUAUUUUAUUGCGAUUCUACACAAUCAACGGAGCUGCUUGUCGAGAAAAUUGGAUAAAAAUCUCUCGGGAAGAGAUCUAAUCUAAUUUUCGGGCUAGCUAUCGAUUUUCACCUUCCUAUGUCAUGUCAGGAGGUAACCAUGCAUGUAAUGUUGGCGCUGUUUGCGGUUGUGAGUUCAGGAAUUGCUGCAGAUAAUUGGGGCUAUGGACCAUCAAAGAGCGGAGUUUCCGGUCCUGACGAUUGGGCUAGCGCAUACCCCGAAUGCAAAGGUCAAGCCCAGUCCCCUAUCAAUAUCGUGACCAGCAAGGUAACCCGAGUAUCAAGGCCUUUCCGCUACAUGAAGAUCAACUUCAACAAUUACAAUGGUGGCCUUGCAUGCUUUCUCAGCAACGACGGGAAGACUUUGGACUUCAAAGUACGACAAGGCCUGGGACAAGCGUUCAUAGAUGACCCCGUAGAAGACCCCCAUGAUCGCUAUCAACUAGAAACUGUCAGGUUUCAUUUUGGAUGCAACGACUGGCUUGGGUCGGAGCACGCAGUGGAUGGGCGAAGGCACCCUGGAGAGAUUCAAAUGAUCUUUCACAACACCAAAUAUAGCAAUGUUUCUGACGCUGCCGACAAAUCCGACGGAUUACUCGUUGUUGCAGCAUUUAUGAGAAAGCACCCAUUCUGGAGUAGUCCAGCAAUCAAGAACCUGGCGAAGUCUUACCUUGGAUUCGGGAAGGUUAAAAAAGAAGGUUCUGUGACACCGGUAUUCCUCAUAAUGGAGGACCUAAUCAAGGGAAUCUACCGCGGUAUGCUUCCAUACUACUCCUACAAGGGAUCUCAGACUGCGCCUGCGUGCCAUGAGUCCGUCCGCUGGAUCAUAGUCAAACAGCCCGUGGACAUCUACAGGGAUGAGAUGGCCUACCUUCGCCGUCUGGAGUCUUCAAGUGGAAAGAACGGAAAACUCUGCGAUAAUUUCCGCCCCAUCUUGUACCCGUUGAAUGGUCGCACAGUGUACGAGUGGUACCGGCUUUAAGGCAUGGCCUGCUCUACAUUAAAUUUUCUGGCUUGCUCUACAUACACUGCUUGUCAUUGACUGAUUUGACUGCAUUUUAAUAAACAUACGUUGGUA